AUGUUCUUUCAAGUUUGUUUCAGUUUUAUUCUCUGCCUUCACUUUCGUUUUGCGGCAGUUGACGCAUUUUCAAAAUCUAACGGCUUAGACGAAGGGCGAAUGAAACGAACAAUUGGUGAUCAACCUCCACAAGGAAAAUGUGUAUCGUUUAAAUUGGUGGUAAAAAAGAACAUAAAAACGAUUGAAUACGUUUGUUGCAAUAAUUGUGGUGAAACAAAUCAAAAUUGUCUUGGCACUUCGUACCGAAGUGGUUCAAUUGCUCAGGAUUUCUGCGAUAGAUGCGUUUUCGGUCGUAAAGCGUCCGAACCGUUUUCGUGUGGUGGUUGUGAUGGCCAGACUCGAAAACAGAACACUUGUCGUGCACAGUAUAGCAGCAUUCCAGUCGCAUGUUGGCUAUUCCGAAGUUGCUUUGAGCAUGAAUGCAUGAAGGAGCAAAGGUAUUCGGUGGACACUUGUUUUAAUGGAGUUUGUGAUGCAGAAGAAAAUAUAGGUAAGGCCAGAAAAAAAAAUAUGUGGGUUUCCGGUUUCUUCUUAUAAAAACUUAGGUAGGGUAGGUCGGUUUUAACUUUUUUUUUUUAACUUUUUUUUUAUUUUUUCGAAUAAGCGGACGCCAUUUUGUUUAGUCAGUGCUUCCACAUCCAAAGAUAAAUUUCCCUAAUAUUGCCUCAAAUUUCAAUUUUCCACAAACUUUUUCCUCUAAGUGGAAACACUUACAAGCAUGAUCCAAUAAAAAAAGUUUAGGGUCGGGAUUUCGACGUCCAAAAGCUAGGUAGGGUCGGGAAACCGGAAACCCACAUUUUUUUUUUUGGCCUAACUGCCCAGCAGAUUGUUGCCAACAAAAGAAUCCUCAGAACUGUACUUUGGUGAAUGGGAAGUGCCCUUUGACUUGCUGCGGUGAGACCAGUUGUUGUGAGAAGCAAGAUGAUGGCAGUGGUACCAAUAGUGGUGAUCUUUCUUUUAUUGGCUGGCUGAAGUAUAUUGGUAUGAUAAUCGGCUUUAUCGUGCUCGGUGCUAUAAUGUACUAUUUUAAGAGCUUAUGUGAUUGCAAUAAUGAUAAUGAAGUUCAUCCAACGAACAGCGAACAAUCGACAUCAUCAACGUAA